AUGAAUAAUUACGAUGAUGUCUUUCUCAGGCAAUUGAACCCGCUUCUCCGCGUGCAAUUUGACUCGGAAAAACUACGACUGUCCCGAGUCGGUGAGCUGCUAGUCCGAAAUUUCAACAAGUACAACAUCCAUCAUCUGGUGUGGGACAACUGCAUAUUGAAGAACCGACUAUCGACCGCCAAGUAUAUUAUACAAUUUGAUGCUGCAGAAACGGUGGUGUUGCCCCCGCGUGGCAAGGUCCAAGGCGAACACGACGCAUUGUCGCCGUUCAAUACUACAUCACCCAUCUUCCCCAACGGCAUCCUUACACACCAUUGGCUUGCGAAAUACACCGAGAAGUUCCCCUUUGCCAUGGUUUACGUGGUGCAGUUGGACUCUGGCGGGUACGAGGACGACUCGGUCAUUGACAAGCUCAAGAUUUUGAAGUUGAAGUUGGAAGGUGUUGGUUGCAAAAACCUUGUGCUUGUGGUGGUGAGUCCCGAAGAGUUACAUAGCGAGAGAUUGGUGACGAUUCGCACCGAGCUUAAUUUACCCAAGCAUGGUGCAAUCUACCACGUGAGCGACUCACUAGAUGGUGGUAAUGACGAGCAUGAGGAUGAGCAUGAGGAUGAGCAUGAGGAUGGUGAAGUGUCGAAGCAGUGCGAUGCCAUGGUGCUGGGACUCAUCAGCAACCUCUCAAAAUUGGCCCUGGACUUUUACGGAAAUGUCGAGUACAAGAUCAAACUGAGAUACAAGAAAUACUACAAGUGUCCCAGCACGGAGCUAGUGGACACCUCGAUCGAGCUCACCCCCAAGUUUCUCGAGACGCGCAACUUGAUCAAACAGGGACUCAUUUUGGAACUUGUCCAUCCGAGAAACUUGGAACCGAGUGUCAAAUUGUUGGAAGUAGCCUACGAGGACCUAACUCAAAUACUCGAGACCACCUACGCCGUCAACUUGCUGGAUCACGAUACUGAAAUUUUGCAGCAAUUCAAACUGUUGCUUGAUGUGUUGGCCUUCCAUAUUGUGCGCGGUUAUUUUUCCUUGGAAGAGCCGAUCCGAGCACUUCAAAAGCACAAGACGCACAUCUUGAGCACGGUUGAAGUAUUGAACGCCGAUCAUCAUUGGAUCCUGACGCAGUACGAGUGGCUAGCGCAGCUAAUGCGAUUGAUCCCGUAUUCUGUGCUCACCAACUUGAACUCGAGUGCUAUUUUGAAAAUGAAAGAAUUGCAGCAUCGCAAGAAUUUGCAUUUGAACUUGCAUUCGCGACAAGCGGCACUUUUAAGCUAUUUCGGUGGGAUACAUACCCCGGAGUCCGAUUUGAUCACCAACCCCGGGUUGUGCUAUGUCAAGGCCUACGAGAUGAGCUCGGACCCAAGGCGUAGGAUUGAAUUGUUGCAACUGGCCAUCGAGCUCCUUGCGCUUAACUUGGCCAAUGCUACUGAACUGCAUCUGAUUUCCGGCAAGGAUAACUUGGUUUCGCUUAUUUCGUAUAUCAACUGGCUCGUGGCUGAGGAGUAUAUGAAGUUGGAACAGUAUGGCAAGGCUUCGGAUUUCUUGGAGAUGUCGUAUAGUUCCAUGGGGGUGUCCAAAUGGUUCAACAUUAGUCAUUUGCUCUUGGAAAAAUUGUUGGUGUGUUAUAUUAAAGUUGGCGACAAGAAGAUGGAGAUGAAUACGAUGUUGAAGCUAGGCACGAUGCCCAAGAGUAAAGAGUUGGACAAUUUCGAUCAAAAUUCAAGUGAGAAUUUGUUUGAGUUUGACAAUGGUAAAAAUAUGGUUGAGAUUGAAUUGUUGGAUUCCAAAUUGUACGAAAUGUUUGAUGUCGAGCCGUUGUUGGUGAGAACUGAGUUGGAGGGUGACACGGUUGUUUUGGACGAUGUGACUUUUCAAUUGAAGUUGAACUCAAAGUUGAAUACUGAAUUGUUAAAGUUGUUCUUGCCCGAGCCCAGCGAAGUUGAAAUCGUUAUAAAUCAAAUAGAUGUAACCCUCGCUAGCGGGACACCCCAGAAAUCCUUUUCGGGACUCAAGGAUAUUUCAAUAACUCACGACGAGUCCAAGGCCAAGGAGCAGGUUGUUGUAUUGCAAGGACAAGAGGUUGAGCGUGCGUUUGCCGCUUCGGCCAAUCUAGCAAUAAGUGAAUCUAGUGAGAUUAUUUUGCAACAUCACCAGCAAGCUACAUCUGCUGGACAGUAUCGUGUACACCUUGUCAAAUUGCAGAUUUCCGCCUUGAUCAAGCACAAUGGCAAAUGCAUCAAGUUGAACAAGAUUGAGUUGCAUCAAAAUUUUCUGCAAAGUUUCCAUCUUGGACGGAUGUAUGCUUUGGACGCGGCACCGAGACAAUUCCGGUUGAAGGAAGCCUUGCAUGUGUUGACGGUUGAUCGUAAAAAGCCCGAUGUCAAGUUGAAGUUGAAAAGAGAAGUGGACUAUUAUAUUUCAGGAGAAAAAUAUGUCAUGCCUGUGGUGAUUUCUUUCAACAGGAAGGAAUUAGCUGCUACUACUGCCAAGGCCUUAUUAGCGGUCAAGGUCAAGAAUGCUGAGUUUAAUCUAACGUGGGAUAAAUUGAAAGACGAUGAACCUUUGAAUUUGCUCGACAUUGGUGAUGGCGACGACGGCAAUACCGCAACUCACCUUUUGCAUAUGUAUAAGCGAGAUUGUGAAGAAACAGGAAUUGUGCUUGAUUUUGAAUUGAUAACUUCCGAUCGUGCAGAUACUUUUGGAAGUGGCGACGACGACCACGAGUCGCUGCUUGAUUCUGAGAUUACAAUUUUCAAUGUUGGAUCCUUUAAAUUCCCUGUUUUGCGUGACCCUUUUGAAGUGCAUUAUUCGAUACGGCCAGUAUACAGGGACUUUAAAAAGCUAGCCCCUCAAGCUUUGGAUCGUGCUGCGUCGCUUGAGCCAGAAAGUGAGCCUGGCACAGAAGAAGAGAAAUCAGCCGAAUCUCCCGCCUCGGUAACCAGCACGGCAACUGAUAAUAAGAGUCGAGAGUCCCCAGAGCGAGCUAGUGAAAAAGCCAUCCUAUUGAACAGAACGUGGAGAACGCUUUUGGGUAUAGCUGAUAAUUAUCGAGCCAUGAGCAGCAAUAGCAGCACGUUGGAAGGUCUUAAGAUUCUUGACGUGGACUAUAGUCUCACAUCACGAAACCCAGACAUUGUGAUUGAAACAUUGGAAAAUAUUGCUGGGUCGAAUGACCGAAUUUUCAUCACGAAAGCUAGAAACAAAUUCAGCUAUAGGAGCGUGGCAGUUCUCACUUCCAUUGUUAUUAAAUGGAGAAGGAAAGAUGAUGAUCAAACCGUGAACGAGUUUCAAUUUGAAAUUAGUCUCACUUUGCCAUUGAGCUCACCUCGUGUCCUACUCAUUGCUGAGGAGAGCAACAUUAGUGGUGGUGGUGGUGGUGGUGGUGAUGCUAUACCAGUUGAGCUUGAAUUAAAAUAUAUCUUGGAGAAUCCCACUCCCAACGCGUUGAAUUUCGCUUCGCAAUUGAGUGAUUUCAACGGCUGGUCGGUUAUAGACAGGCAAGAGAGCGACAAUGACACCACCACCGCGAGCGAUGAAGAUCUGACGUCCAUCCGAGACGGCCCAUUUACAGUUGCACCUAUUUCCAGCCACAUUGCAUCAUUCCACCUCAAGUCCCAACACCCAAUCGAAUCCACCACUUACAAACUCAAACUACCCAAUUAUAGAGUGUUUGACAUCAACUAUCGCGUGGGGUUGAUGCCCAUAAUAACGCAAUCGAAGGUCCAACUAAACGAAGACGAAAAUCGCUUAUAUUUAAAUAAUUUCUAA